CAGUACAGUGUGGUUUAGGGUUUCUUCCUCAAUUCUUCAGUGUUUGCGGAGAGAAAGAGAGAGCAAUGAGAGAGAUACAGUUACCCUUAAGCCAAACACAGAAGGUUCGUCUUCAGAAGGCUCUGGAACAGUUAGAGUCUCUGUCAACGAAGGUGAAUUCCGAUGCUUCGGUAAUCAUCGCCGAUUCCAUCCACGUCAACCACGAAGAUGGCGUCCUCAAGGGACACGGAACCGCCGACCUCAACGGCGAAGUCGUCGCCACCCUCUGCGGCGUCGUCGAGCGCGUCAACAAACUUGUCUACGUUCGCGCGUUACGCUCCAGGGCGUGUUGUUGAGGUUGCUCAGAAGCGUUGGAGAUUGGAGAUAAAUUACAAUCAGGAUGCAGUUUUGCUGCUCUCUUCUAUGAACAUGCCUGAUGGUGUUCAGAGGCGGAGGACAGCUGUGGAUGAGCUAAACAUGCGCUGCAUUUUCGAGGAGAAUGAUGUUGUUUGUGCUGAAGUUCGUGGUUUCCAGCAUGAUGGCUUACACCUUCAAGCAAGGAGUCGGAAAUAUGGAAAGCUUAAUAGAGGUCAACUGCUUACUGUCCCACCUUAUUUAGUGAAGAGACAAAAACAACAUUUCCAUCAUCUUGAGGAGUUUGGUAUUGAUUUGAUACUUGGCUGUAAUGGAUUCAUAUGGGUUGGGGAACAUGUUGAAGCCAAAGAUGACAUGAUAGAAGAUCAAGUGAGCCAAUCUGAUUCACAAGUUUUAUUCCCUAAUAAAAAUUGUGUCAGUCUUGAAGAACAAGAGAAAAAUUAUACAAUAUUGGAGACAAGAAAAUACAUAUCCAGAGCUGCUAAUGCUGUUAGAGUAUUGUCAACCUUAGGCUUCAAUAUUACAUUGGAAAUCAUCAAGGGAAUUAUUGAUCUAAGCCUAUCUAUGAAUCUUGAUAUACACGAUAUGCUUGGUUCUGAGUUUUGUGUUCUGGUUGCCGAAAAAGAGGCUGAAAGGAGAAGCUCAAUGAAAAAAAGGCGGUAGAAAUGGAGGGGGCUUUUUGACUCAACAACUAUAAUUUGGUUUUCAAUUUUACUAAAUUAGUGUGACUCGUAAAGAUAAAAUUCCCAAGAUAGUGUAAGUCAUAUUUCAGACUAGCAAAGUAUAAAAGGGACUUGAUAUGGAUGAAGUACGGAAUGAAUGUUUAAAGACGUUGGAUUUUUUUGUUAUGA